GCGAACGCUAUGCACUGCGAGGAAGCCGGGCAGCCGCUGGUCAGAUUCAGCCACUGCCAGAAAUCCAUCUACAGCUUCGGCGUGCCCGCGCGCUGCCCGCUCUGCCAGCGGGACGUGGGCCUCUGGAAGCUGGAGGACGCCCCUGUCAGCAUCCCCAACCCGUUCUCCAACGGGCACCGAGAGAAAUGCGCCUUCCUGCUCCGGCCCACGCGGGGCUCCUUCCUUAGCGAGUACGACGGCAGGUCGGAUCUGCACGUGGGGGUGACCAGCACGGAUGGCACUGUGUACAACUAUGGCCCGCAUGGCGUCCAGCGGGACGAGGCCGGGUGGGAGCAGAGUCUGGCCGUCCCCUUACUGCAGCCCAACAUGUUUGGGCUGAUGGACCAGUGGGACAAGUACCUGGCAGACUUCUCCGCCUCAGGGACCUGGCUGCCCCACAGAUACGACGAGGAGCAGCACAACUGUUACAGCUAUGCCCUCACCUUCACCAACUGCGUCCUGGCCACGGAGGGCGGAGCGCCACUGGACAAGAGCGCCUUCACGGAGAAAUACGUGCUGCCCAGGACCAGGCAGGCUUCCAAGUACAUUGUGCUGUACCGGGCUGUUGUGCAGCAUGGCUUCUGCGUGAGCGACUGUCCUACCUGGGAUGCCAGCCCGCCUCUGGGGGAAGGCACCGUGGGAGGAUGCUGAGUGCUGGGAGGGCACGGGCAAGGGGCCACAUCACCUCCACUUGGUGGCAUGGAUUUCUCCCUAAGUGUGUUCAUCUGGGACGAAUAAACAGUCUGGCUUGGAAGCAUCCUGCA